GGCGUUGGGGGAAGAAAGGGAUCACAGUAGAUGUUAGGCUGCAUUUAAAGACGAUGCAAUCAGUAGUAUUUGUAGUUUAAAGAACGAAGGAAAAGAAUGCGAAAGCUUGGAGCAGGAUUUUUGCGCGUGGUUCUGUAUUCAUGCGCUGCUGAGAGCCACCGGAGCGAGAAAUCAGAUUCCUCUGAGCGAAUUGUGUUUACACGGGAGUCAUCCAGAGCCACGUUUUAGCAAGCAAGCCUGACUGGGGUAGUACAGUGCAGGACUGUUCGGGGAUCUGACUCCCUGCCUAUGCAAACAGUGGAGGAACAAGGUAGAAAAAAAAAAGGUUACAUAUCCUAGUCCCUGAAGGUGUCCGGUGGAGAUAUUUUGGAGAGAUUGGGAACAUGGAAGCGCAGCAGCUGAAACGAGCACAUGUUGUGCACGUAGGGUAACGCUUCAGUUGAUAAACUUUCAUGAUGUGUUGUGGUGUUGGAAGUGUUUCUAUCUAGCUACAACUGCGCCUUGCACUUGGAUGUAGGAAAUGGUACAUUGGCAUCUUUUUCUUUUUUUACAUUAGUUUUUUAAGUUCCCCAUCAGCUGUCAACGAGGUGAAAGUCAGCUGGGUCUGCGAUCAUGGAGAGUCAGGAUGAGAGGGAGAGCAGCCCUCCGAAGUCAGACCGGAGGUUCUCCCUGACUUACAUCGGAGGCUGCUCGCUCGACAGGCGGACCACCCUGCCCAUGAUGCCCUGGCUGGUGGCAGAGAUCCGGCGGAGGAGCGAGAGGGGUGACUGCGGCCCCGUGGUGCAGCCCAGGGAAGUCCAGUUGGUCCUCAACCCCCCCUUCGUCCGGUGCGUCCCCUCCAGCAGCAACAACUGCUCCGUGUUUAUAUUCGAGCACAAGGCGCAGCUCAUCUCUCGCUUCAUCCACAACAGCAAUGACCUCAAGUACUUUUCCUAUCUGCUGCGGGGACAGCCGGACAACCCCGAGUCCGAGAUGUCCUGUCACGUCUUCAAGGCCUGCGACCCAAAGCAGGUCCCUGAGGUGAUCAGCAGGAUUCGCCAAGUGUCCAAAUCCGCCCUAAAGGAAGAAGCCAAGCCCAAACAGGAGGCUGAGGAGGCCUUCUACAACUCCCAGAAGUAUGAAGUGCUUUACUGUGGCAAGGUGACAGUUCCGCACAAAAAGGCUCCGUCCACUCUUGUCGAUGACUGCAUUGAUAAGUUUCGUGAGCAUGAGGUUGAGCGAAAACGCAUUCGACUGCUCAACGGUCAGAGAGGGUUUAUUGAGAACGCCCCUGUGGAGUUCCUCAUUGGGGGAGACGGAGACCCAAUGUCCUCUGCUCUGAAUGAGAGUAAAGAAGGCCUGGAAGGGCCUGGAUUAGAGGACAUGACCGGAGGUGGAGGUUUGUCCAACAGUCCCAGUCAGAGCAGCCUGCGGGGGGCGUUCCCAGAGUGCAUCUUGGAGGACUCUGGAUUCGAGGAGCCUCAGGAGUUUCGUACACGCUGCAGCAGUUUGGCAGGGAAUCUGCAGAGGAAGCCAGGGGAAGGCGUCAUCAUGGGCCCCACGCGCCGCAGACACUCCAGCGCACCAAACCACGUCCAGCCGUCUGAUGCUGACAAGAACCGCACCAUGCUCUUCCAGGUCGGACGUUUUGAAAUAAACCUCAUAAGUCCAGACAGUAAAACUGUGGUGCUGGAGAAGAACUUCAAAGAUAUCUCAUCCUGCUGUCAGGGUAUCAAGCAGUCCGACCACUUUGGAUUCAUCUGCAGGGACCAAACAGAGUCUGGUCCCAAUCAGUAUGUGUGCUACAUUUUCCAGUGUGCCAGUGAGUCUCUGGUUGAAGAGGUGAUGCUCACCCUGAAGCAGGCUUUCUCAACAGCAGCGGCCUUACAGAGCAACAAGACCCCCGUCCAGCUCUGCGAGGCCUGCCCCAUGCAUGACCUGCACAAGCUCUGUGAGAGAAUUGAAGGUCUCUACCCGCCCAGAGCAAAGCUGGCCAUCCAAAAAUAUCUCUCUCGGCUGACUGACAAUGAGCAGGCUGAGAUUUUUGAGCGAGUUCAGAAAUUAAAGCCUGCAUCAGACCAGGAGGAGAAUGAGUUGGUUAUUCUCCAUCUGAGGCAGCUCUGUGAAUCCAAACAAAAGUCACACCUCCACAUCGGAGAGGCCCCUCAGAAUGCAGCUAACAGCCCAUCAGCAGGUGACGGCGCAGCCACCAGCAGUCGCUUCAAACUUGAUAUUCUCAAGAACAAAGCCCGCACGUCUCUCACCAGCUCCCUGGAGAACAUCUUUGCAAGGGGCGCCAGCCGGAUGAGAGGCCGUUUGGGAAGCAUGGGAAGCAUGAGCAGCUUUGAAAAGCCGGACGAGGAGUCUCCUGGUCACUCCCCUCCAGGUUCUCCUCCAGAAUUCCCAGAGGACGACCCGGAAGGCGGCCCGCAGUUCCGCCGACGAGCCCACACCUUCAGCCAUCCACCUGUGAAGAAACGCAUCUCCUUUGAGGGCCAGCCGACUAACCAGAACAAACCCCUGCGCAGACAACAGUCGGUUAACGCGGAGCUGUUGCAGAGCAGUCCCUCGGCUGUCUCGAGAACGCGCAGCGUUUCAGAGAGCGAGUCCACCUUCAGCCUCCCCUCCUCCUUCUCCGCCCCCACUUUCCUGAAAAGCAUUUACCAGGGCUCGCUGGGCUCCCUCAGCUCCCUGGCAGACAGUGGGAGCCUCAAGAGCAAUGGGGAAAGCAGGAACAGGACGCUCUCCGGCUGCAGCAGCGACUCAGUGAGUGGUGGUCUCCCUCCGACCCCACGCAGGGUCUCCUGGAGACAGAAGAUCUUCCUGAGGGUCGCUUCACCCAUGAACAAGCCGUCUGCCUCCAUGCAGGACACAGACCACUCAGAUGGCAGGGAGCUGUUGCCUCUCUCACCUUGCGUCUUGAAUUCAACCCUGGAUCCGUUGGGGCGCCUCCUGCCUUCAGUAGGCGCCCCCCUAACUGGGGAAAGGCCUAAGAAGACAAGCGCUGACUACCAGACCCUCUGGAAGACUGCCAUCCACCAACAGAUCCUCCUGCUGCGUAUGGAGAAGGAGAACCAGAGGCUGGAAGCGAGCAGAGAUGAGCUGCACAUCCGCAAGAUAAAGCUGGACUACCAGGAAGUGGGGCAGUUCUCUAAAGAUGUGCAGGCAUUGUGGGAGAGAAAACUGACCCCGGGCAGAACGACAGUCCCACAAGACAAGGAGGAGAUGUAUCGUGUUCUCUGCCAAGGUGUUCCGAAGAGCAGGCGUGGGGAUGUCUGGUUGCUCCUUUCCCAUCAGCAUCGGCUGCGUCACAGACUCCCCCAGCGCCAGCAGGCCCCCGACACCCUCUACCAUGACCUGCUGAAACAGCUCACCGCUCAGCAGCACGCAAUUCUGGUGGACUUAGGCCGGACCUUCCCCACCCACCAGUACUUCUCCGCCCAGCUGGGUGCAGGCCAGCUUUCCCUCUACAACCUCCUGAAAGCCUACUCUCUGCUGGAUACAGAGGUUGGUUACUGCCAGGGUAUCAGCUUUGUAGCCGGGGUGUUGCUGCUGCACAUGAGUGAAGAGCAGGCCUUUGACAUGUUGAAGUUCCUCAUGUAUGACCUGGGCAUCAGGCAGCAGUACAGACCGGACAUGGUCUCUCUACAGAUUCAGAUGUACCAGCUCUCCAGACUGUUACACGACUACCAUCGGGAGCUGUACAAUCACUUUGAGGAGCACGAGAUCUGCCCCAGCCUCUACGCGGCACCGUGGUUCCUCACUCUGUUCGCCUCACAGUUUCCCCUCAACUUCGUGUCCCGCAUCUUUGAUUUUGUAUUCAUCCAAGGCACCGGCGUGAUCUUCAAAGUGGCCCUCUGCCUGCUGAGCAACCAUGAGAGGGAGAUAGUGGAGUGUGACAGCUUUGAGAGCAUUGUGGACUUUCUGAAAACUACAAUUCCCACCCUCACUCCCACACAGAUGGAGCAGACCAUCGCAAAGGUUAUGGAGAUGGACAUCUCUAAGCAGCUGCAUGCGUAUGAGGUGGAGUACCACGUCCUGCAGGAUGAGAUGUUGGAUCCGGGGCCGCUGCUCGAUGACUCAGACCGCCUCGACAGAGUAGAAAAGACGAAUGCACAGUUAAAGAAACAGAACAUGGACCUGCUGGAAAAACUUCAGGCUGCGCGGCAGAAGAUCCAGACGCUGGAGACGAACGUGGAGAACUUCCUUUCUCGAGAGAGCAAAAUGAAGCACAUGAUCCGCACUCUGGAGCAGGAGAGGGCAACGUACCAGAAGACCAUCGAACGCAUGCGCUCAAGCCUUCCCCAUGACACCCUGACAGAUGUGGAGAUGACCCAGAUCAAAACAGGACCCAACGGGAAAGCCAAAACCGCCGCCAAGAAGCCCUGAUGGCAACCGGGAUGGCUGGCUGGCUGCUCAGGCACAGACUGAAGUGAACAAAUGGAGACUGCUGAGCCCACACAGCUAUUGUUCUUCUCCUGCACAAGUGUAGCAGUGUUCUGUAAACGCCUGAUGUCUGGCCUUGAGAUUGUACGGGAGAUAUCUACACGAUGUUUGUCAGUAUAUAAUAGAGUUGUGGGAGGAUAUUUUCAGUUAUAUUAGCAAACAGACUGUUCCAUGAGUGCAUCAAAGCUGCUGCUGUGCCUCAUCUGUUUCACUGCCAGUUUAAAGGUGAGAUCAGGAUGCACAGCUAUCCUCCUUAUUCAGAUCGUUUUGACAGUCACAGGGGAUUUUUUUCUAGAUGACACAAAAAAAAGAUAUGUCUGCCUCUACAAAUCUUUUUGCCUUGAAGUAUUUACUACCACAAAGGCAGUGAAAAGAAGGUGCCUGCUGGCAAACAAUCCUCCGGGCUUCAGGUUAAAUUUAAAGCCAUUAUGACAGUGUGUAUGAUGCUGGAGUUCACCCCUUUGUUUCACUUGUUUUUGAACUCAUUUCAGGCAUGGAAACUAUGCCUCUUGAGUAAUCACACUGCUUCGUCAUUUCCUUUUUUUUUUUUUGGUCUUGAUUUUUUUUUUUGUGAAUGUAACUUCCCUCCAAAGAUCACAGUGAUCACAUUCUGUUUUUUUUUUUCAAAACAGAGACAUCUCAGUGCACACCUGCUGGUUUUACAUGUCUGCAGACAAACAUAUUAUCUCAUUGCUCAUCUUGUAGCACAGCACCACUGCCUUCACAUGAAAGCUCUUUCAUACUUGCUGGGGUUUUUUUUUUUUUGAAAGGAGGAAGUGUUUCUUCCAAAGCUCAGGCAGGAUGUGAGGUCGUCUGCCUUCUCAGUUUCCUGUGUGACUGACCGCAGCGUCGACUCUCUGUAGCACCACACUCAGAAGUUCACACCCCGUGGGAGGCACUGAAAUGAAAAAAAAAAAAAGGUGUAGGACUGAUAUGAAUGUACAUCACAUGCUUUUCGUCUGAAACCUUUCUUACAUUUUAGUUUUUUUUGUCAUCAGAAGGAUAACAAAGCAAGCAACAUCCUCCUUUGUUGUAGUUCUCGGAAGGUGCAACUACAAGCAGGUCAAGAUUUUAGGACUCACAUCUGCAGUUUCUUUGCUGUCUGUCCUAAUUUUAUGUCUUGCAGUGAAGUCUUGGUGAUCAGUUGAGCAUAGACUUUCCCUUUGAGUGGAAUAAGCCUCUUCUGAAACUUAAGAAUAUACAGUAUCUGUACAUGCAAGCUGUGCAGAGACCUGUCUGGCUGUAUGGACAGGCAGUUCAAAUGAGUGUAAAGUGUGUCCCUGGGUCUCUCUUUAGUUCGGUUUUGUCCCACCUCCGUGUCUGACUCAUCGUCACCGGUUCUGAUAAAAAAAAAAAACAGCCUUGGUCUUGGUCUGCUAUUAUUAAACAGCCCUACAUUAAAACCAAGGUGAUGUCUAAACAUCACCUGUCAGUCUUCCUGUCCUUGGUGACAAAUUGUGGUUAAUACAUUUGUGUCUGUUGAAAGUUUUUUCUUUUUUUAUCUCUCAUAGUGAAGUCCAAGCAGACAUUGGUAUACAAUACAAAUAUGUUGUGUUAAGCAAUCCUGUGUUUGCAUAUACAGAGAGCACUUUCCUACUUUGCUAAGCUACAAGGAUCUAGUGUUUCACAUAAAGUUUAAAAGGUUGAUUUAAAAAAAAAAAAAGACGUUCAGUGUCAUGGUGAAAUGUUCUUGUGGGAACUGAGGUUGUGUCUAACAAGUAACAGAGGACUAUUCACCUCCAAACAGCAGGGAUACUUUCAACUGUGCAGAAGUGAAACAUAUCAAACAUAUUAUUGUGGUAUAUGUCGAAGGUUCUUAGGGUACAGUCCUACAUCUCUUGGCCUGUAUUUUUCAUAUUUAGUGUUUGCGCUUCUAUAAACUGGGGAUUGAACCAAAGAUGUGGUUGAUUUUUAAAGAAAAGAAUGAAUGACGAUUCAUUUCAUCCAAAAAAUGCUGUACUGUAAAUGAACUGUUUUUAAUGUGAUGACCGUUUUGUCACUUUAUGAGUUUUCAACAUGCGUUUAACUUCGUUCUUCGGAGUAAGAGGUUAAAAAGAUACCAAAUAGGGAAGCAAAAAAAAAAGAAUAUUGGCUGACAUUUUUACUCUUUUCUUACUCCUCUGUGCCAAAAGGUAAUAAUGAACUUUAUUCCCUUUUAUUUGGAGAUAUGAGACCCUCUUAAGUAUCAUCGUGGUGGUCAGCGAAGGAUCUUUUAACGUACAUCAGUUGAUCAAAGUCCUGACUGCUAAAAUGUGCUUUUAUCACUGUGUUUAAUACUGUACUUUCAGAAAAAAGACUCUUAAUAAAAGCUGGAUUUUUUUUCUGUCAACAUGAGGGCUACACAAAAAAGAAAAUAAACUUAAAUAAAAUUCACUUUGCCUUGUU